AAUGUAGAAGUGUUUGAAAUAAAAAUUUAUUUAUACGUGGCGCUUUGUUAAUUCCUAAACGUCUCAUUCAGUUUCCGAAAAUUACUAGUGAACAGAAAAUGAUUUACACCUGUAUUUUACUUUGUGCAUUCAUUGUCCCAAUCACGUACACAGUGAAGGCCCAACAAUAUUUUACUGAUCAUGAAGCCAAUGAAGAAUCUGAUGGGGAAGUGAUUUCGAUUGAACAUUCAAUUCAUAAAAGAAGUAUUCCUGAACUUUCGCUCUAUAUAAAAAAACAUAACUAUGAUAGAAAAUUUAUAUUGCAGUCAUCGCAAGGAUUUUUUGCUGGUAAAAGUACAAAAGUCUGGGUAGCUAAAAAAAAUGGCACCAAGUUUACAUAUAUUCGACAAAAAGAUAUUAUGGAGAAAUUGAACCUUACAUUUUAUCACGACCGAAAAACGAGGUCUGUAAUAACUCAUACAGUAAAUGAAAAAGGUGUUUCAGAAUUCAAUGGUAUUAUUGAUUCUGACAAAGUAAUACGUUCGCUAAAUAAUGUCAAACGCUUUCGCCGUGAUGUUUCAUCAAAAUCACAGUUGGAAUCAGAAAACAAUGGUUUCAAGAAUUAUCACGUACUUUUUAAACGAGAAGUAUCUCCAACAAAUAGCGGGAAAUCUAAUUAUUCUCCAAAUUCCGCACCUGAUCAUGACGAUUUGAGAAAUAUUAACGAAACUCCAGUUAUAGUAUAUCCAGAAAUAUUAAUCUAUGUAGAUACAACAAUUUUUCUACACUUUAAUAGCAGUAUCGAAAAAACUGUUGCUUAUGUUUUAACAUUUUGGAACACAGUAGAUCUUUAUUUUCGAGAAAUGGAUGAUCCUUCAGUUCGUUUAAGUAUAGCUGGAAUUGUUGUGUGUGAGGAUCCAAUAGAACCGAUAGAUGAAUACAUUCUUAAUGACACGACUUUGUUUAGAUUUACAAAUUUUAUGUUUAAUCAAACUGAUUUCAAAUUCUCUAUUGAUUACGAUAUUGCUGUUUUUUUCGUUAAUCCAAAGAAACCUCAGUCAUACAGAGGAUAUGCAUAUAAAGACGUUUGUUUGACAAUAGCACGAAACAUAUUCUCAGUUGCAAUUAUAUGUGAUGCAGGAAACUUUGAUGGAAUUUUUACAGGUGUACAUGAAAUAGGUCAUGUAUUGGGAGCUCCUCAUGAUGAUAACGAAAAUAUGACUGCAGAAAAGAUAGAAAAAUGUACUUUUAAGAAAGGUUUUGUUAUGAGCUAUCAUAGAGUAAAUGAAAAUCAAUUUUACUUUUCUCCAUGUUCCAAAGAAAAAAUGAAAUUGAAAUUGAGUUCAGAGCAAGCUAAAUGCGUUCAGAAUAAUCCAGCUGUUGGUAGAACUGAUGAUCAAAUGCUAUCAACUUUUUCUGGACAAUACAUGUCAGCAGAUGAACAAUGCAUAUUCUUAGGAUAUGAGAGAGCGCUUGUGUCUCCAAGAAUUUGUGUACGAUUAGAAUGCGUCGAAUAUUUUGUAAAAUUUAAUGAAAUUGAACCAGCACUUGAAGGAACUCCUUGUGACGUGGAAAGCGUCUGUUUAAUGGGAAAGUGUGUAAAACUACAAUCUGAUAGAAAUGACAGGAAUUCAGAUCUAAAUGUAUUAUUUCCAAACCAUUUUCUACCGUAUAAGAGUAAUAAAUCUCUCGAGGAGCAAUGUGAUGAAAGGGGAAUAUCAAACGUUAAAAAAGCUACUUUAAGUGGUUGUAGACUUAACUGUCAAGAUAUAGAUAGUACGGGAUUCAUUUUAAAUACAUUUUAUUAUCCUGAUGAUGGAACUGUGUGUAAUAAUAACGGAUAUUGUCUAGAUGGAAUAUGUUACGAUGAAAAUUACAAAUUAGCUGAAAUUCAGUGUAUAAAUUCUGGAGCAUCAAGCUUUUUAAGAAAGGCCUCAAAAGAAUGUCACUUAGUCUGCAAAAAGAUACAUUACGAAUUUCCUGAUACAUUCCAUAACCAAUCUUAUAAAAAGUAUGAUACCAUAUCGAUAACAUUAGCUCAAGAUGGAUUUCCGUGCAAUAAAAAUGGAUACUGUAAAGAUGGGCAAUGUGUCAAUGUGACAAUUAUGUCAACUACUGUCAGCACUAUUGAAACAACUACUCCCUUAGAUAUAUAUAAAUCUCCCCAAGAACGAUGCAAAAAUAUUUCAAUGACUUGGAUUCUCGACUAUAACGACGGAUGUAUAACUCAUUGCAAAAAUGAAGAAAAUAACAAAAUCGAUGAUAACUUAGUUGCUGAAAAUGGAUAUCCUUGUGAUUAUAAUGGAACCUGUGAAGAUGGAAACUGUAUGAAUAUGACAAUAGUGCCAUCAACUACUCCUUCAGAUAAAUGGCAUGGUUUUAAAUCUCCUAGUGAACGAUGUAAUAUGAUUGGAAUGACUCUGGUAGAGAAUUAUAACGAAGGAUGUAUAGCUUAUUGCAUAAAUGAAACUAACAAACUUGAUGAUCGUUUAGUUGCUGAAAAUGAAUAUCCUUGUGAUAAUGAUGGAAUCUGUGAUAAUGGUAUUUGCUUUAAUAUGACAAUUAUGACAAGUACUAUUCGUUCAACUACUCCCGUAGAAAGACAGUACGGUGAAUUUGAAUCUCGUUUGAAACUAUGUCUAAAAAUUGGAAUGUUUUUGUCGUAUGAUCACGAUAGAACUAAAUGUACAAUCGUGUGCACUAGCAGAAAUGCGUUAAGUAUCAAAGAUAUAUUUAAAAUAGAUGAGAAAAUUGUCUUUCAAAAUUUAACCGCAGAAGAUGGAUAUCCUUGCGAAACAGAUGGAUAUUGUUUAAAUGGGAAAUGUAUUAUUAUUAAAAGUUCUCCAAAAUUAAAUAUGACAUCCACUAAUUGGGCUACUGAUGAACUGAGAGUUUUUCCAAAAAAGAGAAUUGAAAUUAAGAAAAAAGUUUUUGACUCGAUAAGUGAAGAUCAAAAUGUUGCUGAUGAUUUCUCCAAUGGCGAUGAAGAUAUAAAAAGUUUUGCGAGUGACCUGGGAAUUGAAUUUUAGAAUCGACUUUUUUGUGAUUUUAAUUCGAGGAGCUAAGAAAAUUAAUGUUUUAAAUAAAUAUGAGAUAAUUUAAUAAUUUCCUAAUAAUAAUUCAAAAAUGUUGCAAUAUAGAUUUAGUAUUGUUUUCUUUUUAAAUGAUGGUACAUGU